UGAAUUAGUGUAACUAAUAAUGUCGUAUUUAAUCACUUACAUCACUUACCAGUGCCAUUUUGCUAUGAUUUUGAAUGCCAGACUUACUUUUUUUUUCCCACAUCGUAGUAUUUCUAUUUUUGUGCUUUUGGUAUCCGUCACUAAUUAGGCAGCUGGGGGCGCGCGCGGACUCAUUGAAAAAAGGAGCGCGCUCUCGGAGACGGGUGCGCGCGAAGCGGUGUGCAGAUGUGUCGCAGAUUUUGUAAAGUCACUGGACGCACGGAGAGAGCCAGCUGGAGGAAGUCGCUCCGGGCAAAUGGGCCCCUAAACUGUCAGGAAAACAAAACGACUACGGAAGAAACGGGUGGAAGAGGACAGAACCGAGGGACCGCCGUCACAACCCGUUAACGUUAGCUUGGUUUGCAAAGGAAAAAGACGUUACUUUGACAGUUAAAAGCCAAGGGACGGCGGCGUGCACAGAGAUGGAGCUGUCAGCGAUUGGAGAGCAAGUGUUUGCUGUGGAAUCAAUCGUCAAGAAAAGAGUUAGGAAGGGGAAUGUGGAGUAUCUGUUAAAGUGGAAAGGAUGGCCUCCAAAGUAUAGCACAUGGGAGCCUGAGGAACACAUUCUGGACCAGCGCUUGGUGCAGGCCUAUGAAGAGAAAGAGCAGAGAGAGAAAACUUUGGGGCACAGGAGAAAAGGACCCAAAGGCAAAAGACUCAUUCUGCAGGAUACCGUCUAUACCAUGGAUCUCCGCAGCGCCCACAAGACUCCAGAGCAACCUGGGCCUCGCCUGCGUCUCUCCCUGACGCGCUCUCUGCUCCCCGGUGACGAAGAGGGUCAGUCGUACGGCGCCUGCAGGCACGAGCCGCAACUGGCACAUCCAGGAAGCAGACCCAGCAGGUCACAGUUCAUGUGCCUGGACUCAAACCCUCCAAGUCCCACACAGGAGGACUGGGAAGGCCGGGGGGAGGACGAAGAGGAGGAGGAGGACAAUGUAGAAAGUGAAGAGGAUGGAGAGGAGGAGGAGGAAGAGAAAGAGGAGGCUCUAAAGGAGUCAUCAGAGAAGAGUGGAGGCACUUUAAAUGGACAGGAGAGGACAGACGGGUGGAGCUCCGCCCUCGGACCAGACGGUCUCACUGCAUCAGAGAAGCCGGACGACGCCUGGAGGCCCAUCGUCCGCCCAGGGGACGUGACCGUCACAGACGUCACCCUCAACUCCCUCACGGUGACAUUCCGAGAGUCGAGAGUAGCCAAAGGCUUCUUCAGAGACUGGGGGCCUGGAGGUCUGAUAUGUGAUGUCUGAGUAGGUCGGUAGGGAGGGAAACGGAGCCGCUGGUGUAAUCACAGUGGUGAUUUUUUAUCUCCCCUCGCUCUGUUCUUCCCCUUCCCCGCUACUUCCAGCCUGGUCAGUGGUACGUUUACAUGCACAGAGUCACCAGAGCUGAACUCCAGUUAAUGUUACGUUUAGGUCAAGCUAGUCACCUUUUUGAUAUGGUAGGACUGCGUUAACAUGACGCGCCAAACGGUCUGUUAACAACACAGAACAAUUUGAGAGGCCGUCAUUAGAAACUUUGGGAAAAGUGCAGGCACUUAAAAAAAUAAAAAAUACCAGGCAGGUGAUUGGAUGAACCAUCUGUCUAUCACGUCCACCACUGCUGUUUUGAAUGAACAGUCACACACACCUAAACCACGCCCGUGGCUGCCAGUAGCUCCUCACGGGACGCUGAUUGGUUUGGGUCCACUGCUGUUGGUUCACAAAGGCAAUUACUUGAAGCUUCUAAAUAAGAAGAGAAAACUAGCUAGUUGAAACAGAGACCCAACCUAAACGUGGGGAUGAGGUAAAACCUUACUAAAUAUUGGGAGUAAUUCAGUUUUGACUUGUUUGGAUCUAGAGCAAAGAGUGUGAGCCAAUGUCGCCAGGCUGAUUGAGGUGCAAUCACUGGCACUGGAGGACCAAAUGUGAGCGAGCUGCAGCCAAUAUAUGACUGCCAGAUUUAGGUAGAUUUCGGGGAUGGGGAUGCACAAUGGCUGAGAAUCAGUUCCAGUUAGCAGUAACUGGGCUUGCUGAGGGCCAUUGUUGGCCCUGAAAUCUUGAUGUGAAACAUGUGACUAAGUGACAUGUCCUUAUUGGUUAAAAUGUGCCGUUAUAUGUUUAUGAUCUUUUAUAUGUCCUGGGUACCUUUUUUAAAGCAGUCAACAGAAUGGGCCUCAGACAUGAAAAUGUCCAUGUUCUUAUCUCCUCUGGUGCUUUUAUUUUGUGACUCUUAACAAUUUUUCCACAUCAGAUUGAGCAAAAGUAUCAAGCUUCUAUUUGUACAUUCCCCCCAAAAAAGUAAACGGUAACUACAGCCAUCAAAUAAAUGAAGCGGUUAAAGAGUAUAAUGUAGCCCAAAAAAAAAAGAGUCAAGUACAGGUUAUGUAACGCGUGUAAUCGUGAAGAAAAAGGAAGAAGAAGAGUUCUCUGUGCAUGUAAACUGCUUUCAGUCUCUCUUCCAUACUAAGCUAACCGUUCAGCUCUGGACUCCCCCGUAUUGUACAUACUCCAACAGUGAGGUGGCCAUAGCUGUCAAUCCCAUACUAACGUGCAAUGCUGUACCUGUAACCUGUGAACACAUAGACUGUUACUACUGUAACACGUGGCUUAGUCUGGUAUGCGUUUCGAAAUGAUUUGAUCCGCCUGCAUGCCUUUCUCCUCCACUACGGUCCCAUCGAUGCAACGACUGUUUACCUAGCACGUUCAUCUCGAUGGCAUACAACACAGCAUACAAGUGAUGACUGAGUGUUAUACCAAAAUGAAGAAACUAGAUUAGACUUGAUAACAGAAUGUAGAAUGCAGUUGCACUGUAUUUACUGUCAUCGUGAGGGUUUAUGUGUCCAGCAGAAGCCUCUUUGUAGAAUUUGACCGACACACCUAGUUUACGUGACAAAACAAGUACCAAGAGGUUACUUCCAAGCGUGUUUGAUCUGUCACAGCUAACAAUGUGUCAAUUUCAUUUAUUUAUUAAAGGUGCAGUAGGUAAGCCUUAUAAAACUAACUUUCUGUCAUAUUUG